UUUUUCCUGGGUCAGUAGAUUAUAUAGGUCCACUGGCCAUGGAUGUUGUAUAUAGUCAUUGACUGUGACCUCGCGCUGCCGAACACGAUGCUGCCAGGUCUUCAACACUACUCAGGAGAGUUUUCUUGUUGGAGUGCUGUGAAUAGCAACACCUUGGUCAUUUUAUGAUAUGCAUGAUAUGUCACCCACUAGCAGGCCAGCACAGCCAGCUUGCCUCCCGUUUGCCUCCCUUCAAGCCACAUGAGCAGCGUUCUAAAUUCACCCUUUCUUUUUAGUCAGGGACCGGCGAAAAAUCAGUGAACAUAGUGACUUUAGCCGAUGUUUGUAAGGUGUCCAUAAGGUUUGCCGUAAGGAUGUGCAAACUUGAACGAUGCCGGAAGGCUACCGGAAGCGACACUUCACUUGUUGAUUUUGAUUCUGUUUCCUUUCUUGUUUUGCAACAACAUUUCAUAUGUGACCAUAGUGGACUUGCAUACCUUCGCCGUAAGCACAACGUAAGAAUAGCCAUGCAUACAUAUAUAUGUCACCGUACGCAAAAGAUAGAAAAACGUAAGCUUUGCGUAAGGCCUACCGUAAGGUUUGAUUUCUCGGCAAGAAAAGACAACACAAUUUUGAACACCGCUCACAUGAACCUUGUUCAGGAGACAGCCAAUGAGGCGAUGUCAUUCUUCCAGGCAGACCAGGAUGAACUUCUUCCGUUCAACCGAUCCACCGCGGAGCAUUGGGCACCUCUGCGGCACUGGUCCGUCGCGCUGCUGCUGAGCAGGAGCGCCUCGAGGCUGUUGACACAGGGCCACUCUCCGGACAUCAUUGGAGAGAUCGUUUUGACCUGCAUUGCCUUGGUGGUUUGGAUCUUCUUUAUGAUGCUUUGUAGCUGGCUGGGCUUUGGAGG